AUGAAAGCACGCACGCUUGUAUGUCUCUUGCUGGCGGCUGUUCGUGCCUCGGCUGUGGGGUACAUCUCCUGUCAGGAUGAAAGUAUGACUGCUGCCGGGGGCGAGGGUUGGACUGGCAACAUUCCCACACACAAUGUCGUAUACAGUUUCGAUGACAACAACUUUUUCUAUUGCGCCGGCAUUCCCGGCCCAUGUGCAGACGAACCGGGUGAUGAUAAAGACUACUAUACUUGCGAAGGGGAUUAUGGAUCGGAGAGGGCAGCUUUUUGGAUCACAGGUGAUGGUUGCUACAACAUCAGAUCUGGCGGCAAUCACAUGUACUGCUGUGGAGCGGAUCAGAACGGUGGUGGCCAUUGUGCGCCCACUGGAUUUGGACCGGGAAAGAUCUAA